AUGGCUGAUUUCAAAUGGGAGGUGGGUUCCUACUUUAGUUCAAAAGAUGAUUUCAAAGAGGCAAUCACAUCAUAUGCUGUUCAUAGUGGAAGAAACCUAAAGUUCACAAAAAAUGAUAAUGUAAGAGUGAGGGUAAAGUGUAAGGAUGGAUGUGAUUGGGAAGCCUAUUGUGCUAAAUCCUCAAGGGAAGAAACUUGGCAAUUAAGGAAGGUGAAUGAUGUACAUAGUUGCAGUAGGGAUUAUAAUGUGAAAAUGAUGACUACCAAGUGGCUGAGCAAGAGGUUACAAAAAUCCUUAAAAACCAAUCCUAGGAUGAAAAUCAAAGAUAUCAAGGCAAAGGCACAAAAGAAAUGGAAUGUAGGUUCCACAGUGAAGGUUGGUGUUGAACCAUCUCAAGAAGGCUCACAAAAUCAUUUGCCAUACUUCAAAAGGUUGUAUAUAUGCCUUGCAGCAUGUAAGCAAAGUUUUAAGUUUUCUAGGCAUGUAAUAGGGUUGGAUGGUUGUUUUCUAAAGGGGCUAUGUGGAGGGCAAAUACUAGCUGCUAUAGGUAGGGAUCCAAAUGAUCAAAUGCUACCUAUAGCAUUUGCAGUGGUUGAAGGAGAAAAUAGAGACAGUUGGACAUGGUUCUUGGAGUUAUUGAUUGAUGACCUUGGUGGAAAAAAUGAGUGCCUCACAUACACCUUCAUGUCAGACCAGCAAAAGGGAUUAUUACCAGCCAUGGAUGAACUGUUGCCCAAUGUAGAGCAAAGAUUCUGUGUCAGGCACUUGUACAACAAUUUCAGGAAAAGAUAUCCUGGGAAAAUGCUUAAGGAAAUAAUCUGGAGGGCUGCUAAGGCUACUUAUGCUCAGGCCUGGGAAAGAGAGAUGAAGAGGAUGAGGCUGAUAAAUGAAGAAGCAUACCUACAUAUGAUGAAGACACCUCCAAGAUUUUGGAGUAGAUCUUACUUUAGAGGGACUAAUAAAUGUGAUGUUGUAGUGAAUAACUUGUCUGAAUCUUUCAACAGUGUUAUUCUUGAAGCAAGGUCCAAACCCCUAGUGACUGUGUCUCAACCUGCAGUGAAUUUGUCUCAAUCUGUGUCUCAACCUGCUGUGAACCUGUCUCAGCCUGCAUCUGCACAAGGAUCCAAGACAUCUACUCAACCAUCCAAGAAAUCUACUCAACCAUCCAAGAAGACAACUACAAGGCCAGCAAAGUUGGGUGUUAGAAGACCAACAACCCCUUUUGUUCCCCCUGGACCAACUACACGACUUAGUGCUGCCAAGAAUAUGAUUGGCCCAACUACAAGGAGAACAACACCAACCAAGAGGACAACACCCAAGAAAAAAAAUUAG